UCAUCAGCAGUGGCAGGAAGCGUCUGACUCCGCUCUGUUCUUUUUUUUCACGCGGUGGGUUUGGAUGCUGUUAUUUGCGUGGCUGCUAAUGUUUUAAGGCGCGUCGUAGGAAACUGUAACUUCGUGAUUUUUGUUAAACCGUCUAACCUUUGCGUGCUACUUCAUAAAGUUGGUGAGUUUGAAAGUUAAUCGUCUAUAGAGGAGCAAAACCGACGUAUUCAGAGCUGGAGAUGUCUUCAGUAGGUUUGGAGCUUGCCGAUGGUCUGGGUCAAGACAUAAGCCAGGAGGACUUAGACUUUUCCGAACUGUUUCUAUACAACACUGCCGGAGAAGACUUUUCUGUGGGCUGUGAUAAUGUGGCAGGUGACCCAAGCGAUCUCCUCCAGAAUGGGAGCCAGCCUCCUAUGGUGCUGGUCGACCAUCAUGGUGUGUACAUGUCCUCCUCCAACCAGCCAGCUUCCAGUCAGGACACCUCAGCUCACAGCCCCAGUACAGACGACCUGUCAGGGGCUGUGCUCGAUUCCCUGGGGCUGACAUCAAGACCAGGGAACAUCCCUGCUCCCAGCCCCAGGAUUGAGAUCACUCCAUCAGGAGACUCUCUCAGCUCUCAGACCCUGGAGCCGAGCCCUGGCUCCCAAGCACUGGGAGCCUAUAGGGAGUGUGUCAGCCCUGCCAGCAGUAAUUCCUCCACAGGCUGGCCAGCAGAGUCGUACUCUCCCCUGGCUUCGCCAUGCGUUUCCCCUUCUAAUGGAGGCAGCUGUGGCGCAGGGUUGACUGCCUUGGACCUCUGCACGGGCCUGCAGGGCAUCCAGACGUCUUCUGCCCAUUCCUCUCCGGGAGCCUCUCCUCGCAAUAGCAUCACAGAUGAGACCUUUCUCCAGCCACAACAAAGGCACACCUCCUCACCACAUCCCCACCAACGUUCCCGGUCCACCUCACCUGUAAAGCGUUCCUACAACCAGACCAACUCCUGUCACGGCAGCAUUCCGAAUAAGCAGCGCUCACGGAGUCCCAGCCCCAGCCCCAUCCCGUCGCCCCAUGACCAGCAAGGGUCCUAUUACAUCUCCCAGUACCAGCCCCAAGCUCAGCCCUCAACCUUGGCCCUGGAGGAGAUGAUGAGCACCCUCAGCUCCAGUCUACCGAUUGCAGUGCCUCCUGCAGUGAUGAGAGUAGCGCACGGACAGGCCCAGAGACAGGACUGUGUCUACACAGAGGGGUACCAUGGGAUGAUUGAGCAGGAAAGGAUGGGCAGGGCUGCAGCUGAGGCCAAACCUGAUACCUUCAUGAUGACGGCUGUGUGGCCUUCUCCUUAUCCAGUUCAUCACGGUACACGGCCCACAUUUAGCAGUGGUCUCUCCAUGACUCCCCUUCCCUCCCUAGAGUGGCCGUUGCCCAGUCAGUCUGGCCAGUAUGAGCUAUUGAUCCAACAGCAGCCCAGGUCUCACCACAGAGCUCACUACGAGACCGAGGGCAGCCGAGGAGCUGUCAAGACGACCAAUGGAGGACAUCCAGAGAUUCAGCUCUGUGGCUACCAAGGCCCGUCUCCAUUAGUACUGCAGGUCUUCAUCGGGACAGCCGACGAGAGGAUUCUGAAACCCCACGCCUUCUACCAGGUCCAUCGUAUCACCGGGAAGACCGUCACAACUCCCAGCAUGGAGAGGAUGAUCAACGGGACUAAAGUGUUGGAGAUCCCUCUGGAGCCAAAGAACCACAUGAGAGUGGUGAUUGACUGUGUAGGGAUCCUGAAACUGAGAAAUGCUGACAUCGAACUCAGGAAUGGUGAAACAGACAUUGGAAGAAAAAACACCCGUGUGCGUUUGGUGUUUCGUGUCCAUGUUCCUCAACCUGGAGGCCAGUAUUUGUCUCUUCAAGUGGCCUCUCAUCCUAUUGAAUGCUCUCAGCGCUCAGCUCAGGAGCUCCCUGCAGUCGAGAGGCAAGACCUGGACCGGUGCCCUGUACUUGGUGGUCAACAAAUGGUCCUAACUGGACAGAAUUUCACCUCCGACUCCAAAGUGAUAUUCUCAGAGAAGACACAAGAUGGGCAGCAAAUCUGGGAGGUGGAGGCUACUGUGGACAGAGACAAAACACAAGCGAACAUGCUGUUUGUUGAGGUCCCUCCAUAUCGAGACAGGAACAUUUGCCAGCCGGCCAAAGUCAACUUCUACGUCAUCAACGGGAAGACGAAACGCAGUCAGCCACAGCACUUCAUCUACACUCCUGUGAUAGCCAUUAAAGCAGAACCACUGGAUGACUAUCACUUGAAUUCCUACAACUACUCAGAUAAUCAGUCUAUGCCUGGCAUGUCGAUGAAGUCCCUCUACCAUCAUCUGGAGCAAGACAAACACCUUCCAGUCUUGAAUGUUUCCUCAGCGCUGUAUCUAGCCACGGUCGACCCCCGAGCCCACGUGUUAACCCCUGAUCCUCUGGACGACCAACGAGUGUAUUACCAGUCCAGAACUGGCACUCUUAUCAACAGCCCUAUGCUGUACCACACUGGAAACCAGCGUUACCCCAACUGCAGUACCGCGCUCCUCGGUGCCUCCCCAAUGGCUUCCCAUCAGGUCUCCGCUCCCAGUCAGUGUGCCAGAACCCCCGUGGCCAUGCUGGGUGAAGAUCCUCAGGGUGGUGGCUCACUGGAAGCUUGUUUCGUGUCAAGGAAUCAGGGUUUUGUGCAAACAGCAGUGCAAGUGGGGAAGUCACCACCUUCAAGAUACACUCAUGGUCAAGCACCUGGGAGAGGUGGAAGUCAUAUGGAGCCAGAAGGGCAGUACCUGACCCAGAUGAGCUCUGCUAGAGGUAACCAUGAGGAACGGGCCCCGGAGAGGGUGACAGUCAAACAAGAAAACCUCAGCUACGCCUACCUGGAGGAUGUGAAUGACAUCAUCAGAAGAGAUCUGAAAAACCACAAUGGAGAGUGAUCUCGUGGCUCCGCAGCCUCCCUGAUGCCCGUCAGUCAGUGUAAUUUGCGGAUGUCACGAGUAAUGAAAUUGGACUGACUUUGAGUAAGCUUGUACUUGUGAGAACUGGUGGCAGGUAUUUAUGGCAAACAAUGGAAAGUGAUAAAUUACAGGCUUAUAUUGAAAAUGCACUGCCAGGCAAAAAAAAAAUGUCGCCACCAAAAAAAAAAAAAGUCACACACUCUAAUAUUUCCUUGCAGCACCUUUAACUUUGGUUAGAGCACAUGCUGUUUCAAUAAGCUUCUGCAAUGAUUUGUUUCCAUCUAGUGUUGCAUUCAUUUUUCACCAAGGUCUUGUACUGAUGCUGGGAGAGUCUCACCACUGAGCAAAGCCUUCUCCAUCACAUCCCAAAGUGACGGGAUGUGAUGGUCAAUCCAUGUGUGAGAAUGAUGUCUCAUGUUCCCUGAACCGCUCUUUUAAUUGGAGCCUGAUGAAUCCUGACAUGAAGUAUGUCCGUGCCAUCAGGGAAGAAAAAAUCCAUUGAUGGAACAACCUGGUCAUUCAGUAUAUUCAGGUAGUCAGCUGACCCAAUUCUUUAGUCAUAAUGUUGCUGAACUAGCUGUAGCAACCCCAUAUCAUAGCACUGCCCCCACAGGCUGGUACAGUAGACACUAGGCGUGAUGGGUCCAUCACUUCAUCUGCCUCUCUUCUUACCCUGAUGUCCUAUAACUCUGGAACAGGGUAAAUCUCAUCAGACCACAUGUUCCAUAGUCCGAUUAGUGGUUUCUUAAGGUUACAGAGACUUUCAGUCCCAGUCCCUUGAGUUAAUGAGGAAAUGUUCUUUCCUUCACUAUUAGACAUAAACCUGAGUUCUACUGUUGCUUUUCUUUGAUUUGAUUUCUCCAAACGUUUCAGUGAUCACCAAUCAAUCAGGAUUUUUUUUCCCUUACUACACAUCUUCCUUGAACACAAUGGUUCCCCAUAUUCUUUUUAAUUUAAGUAGUUUCUCCUUCAGUCUCCCUCCAUGUUUUCUCUGGUUGAUGCAUGCCAGUGAUUUGACCUUUUCUCAAACAGACUAACAUAUUUUCCACAACCACGAGAUGUGUCUUUGAACAUGGGUGUUUAAGAAAUGAGAAGCUACUCAUUGCGUCAGAUGGGGUUAAAAUUUGUUAUAUUGCAUGGAGACAAAAUUGAGUUACAUCAGCCUAUAGCCCUAUGUGUCCUGAGUCUAUAGAAGUGUAGGACUUCACUGUGCACAGAAAAAUUAGAUCACAGUGAGUAAAAAUGUGGCAGAUACCAAAAACGGCCAAAAACGGCUUGGGAUCCAGAGGGUUAAAUAACUAAACUAAAUAGCCAGCUGAAAAAUAAUCACCCAUACAGUAAUUAUCCAACAGGAGGCUUGUAUUGGCUCAGUUAAAUCUAGGUGGCGACUUUUUUUGACCAGGCAGUGUAAUUCAAGAUUAUGUCAUGUUUCUGUAGAACUAGGACAGAACUAGGACCAGUUCACUAACAUUUUACAUCAAAGACUAGGUCAGCCCUGUGUUAGCCUUCGAUAUUGCCAUAUAUUCUAGCCUUAGCAACGAUAGCAGAUAGAACAUGCACCAUGGCUUAUAUAAUGUGUAUCUACUGUCCCUUUUUUUUUAAGUGUUUUGCUUUUCUCUGUUCAUAUAAUUGUACAAUCUCCAUUUGUAAGCAUAUAGAAAAUAUUUUAUAUUAAAUAAACUCAGUUUAUAUAAA